UCAAUCUCUCCUCCUCAAGAUGAAAUAUGAAACCGGGUCCAUUUGAGUCCAGCUUGUCCCACGGGUUCCCAGAUCCUCGAGUGCCAACAAGGCUCCGCUUCUUCACCUCCUUUUCAUGUUUUGACUCUCUGACAAGAAACCCACCCCCCUCCAUUUUUAAUCGUUUUCGCUAAAACACCGGGUACACUUUUUCUUGGUUUCUUCCGAGCAUCCCUUUCAUUUUAAAACUGCCUGGUGGGAUGUGAGAGCACUUUGUGUAUUACUGUGUGUUUUUCCAAGCCGCCAAGGAACUACUUUUUUUUCCCUCCCCCCAAAAAAGAAGAAAUGGUGCCAAGAUUAUUGUGGAGCAUGUCUCUUGCUCUGCUUUUCUUUGGAUUAUUUUUGCUAAUUUCAUCGCCCGUCAGAGCAGAACCGGAGCUGCAGGAUGAAGAGGAAGAGGAGGAAGAGAGUUCUUGUCAAGGCGCUUUUGACCUCUAUUUUGUGCUUGAUAAGUCUGGCAGUGUGCAGAAUCACUGGGAUGAAAUCUACUACUUUGUGGAAAAUUUAGCAGAAAAAUUCAAAAGUCCGAUGCUUAGGAUGUCCUUCAUAACGUUCUCCUCAAGAGCAUCCACCAUCCUUAAACUUACGGAGAAAAGAGUGGACAUCCAAAAGGGGCUUAAUGCGCUUAAAAGGGAGACCCCGGGUGGAGACACAUUUAUGCACCUUGGACUGCAAAAGGCGAAUGAGCAGAUAUACCAGGAGAACUUUGGCAAGGCUAGCGUCAUCAUCGCGCUUACAGACGGAGAACUGCAGGAGGUUCAACUUAUCACCGCACAGCAAGAGGCCGAGCGAGCCCGAUCGCUUGGGGCCAUCGUGUAUUGCGUUGGCGUAAAAGACUUCAAUGAGACGCAGCUGGCGACCAUUGCAGACACCAUCGAACACGUGUUUCCUGUUUUGGGAGGCUUCCACGCUCUCCGGGGUGUCAUCGAUUCGAUCAUCAAGAAAUCUUGCAUUGAGAUCUUGGCAGCUGAGCCAUCCAGCGUGUGCGCAGGAGAGACUUUCCAAGUGGUGGUGAGAGGCAACGGGUUCCUCCAUGGCAGGAACAUCAACCAGGUGCUGUGCAGCUUUAAAAUCAACGACACCGUCACAAUCAAUGAGAAGCCUGCAAGUGUAGAAAACACCUUCCUGCUGUGUCCUGCUCCUGUCAUUGACGAAGUCGGGAAGGUGAUUUAUCUUCAAGUGAGCAUGAACGACGGUCUGUCUUUCAUCAGCAGCAACGUGCACAUCACCACCACAGAGUGUUUUGAUGGCACCAUUCUUCUCAUCACCCUGCUGGUGUUGUUUCUCCUCCUGGCCCUACUGCUCAUGUGGUGGUUCUGGCCUCUCUGCUGCACGGUGGUGAUCAAAGAACCUCCUCCUCCACCUCCUCCCGAGCCUGAGUCAGAUGACGAAGAUGGUCAGCCAAAGAAGAAGUGGCCCACUGUGGACGCCUCAUAUUACGGAGGCAGAGGAAUUGGAGGGAUCAAGAGGAUGGAGGUGCGCUGGGGCGGAAAGGGCUCAACCGAGGAGGGGGCGAAGCUGGAGAAGCCCAAGAACGCAGUGGUGAAAAUGCCAGAACAGGAAUACGAACCCUUUGAGCCCAAACCUAAGAAAUCUCCCAAGAAGCCGCCUCAGAACCGGAAGUGGUACACCCCCAUCCAGGGGAAACUGGACGCUAUCUGGGCACUGUUUCGUCGCGGGUACGACCAGGUCUCUUUGAUGCGACCCCAGCCUGGCGAUCACGGUCGGUGUAUCAACUUCACGAGAGUGAAAGGAGAGUCCCAACCGGCGAGGCCGGCACCGCGCACCCCAAUCCACACGCCCUCGCAGCCACCGCCCGACUACCGCCACGUGCCGGAGUCCCCCGUCACCUCCGGCCCUCCGGCCAGAGCACCGCCCUUGGUGCAGCUACCGCCGGGACCCCCGCCGUCCCGCAUGCCCCCCGGGCUUCACUGCCCACCGCCGUCGCGUCCGCCGCCGAGCCUGCGACCCUGAUUGACCCAGGUAAACGUCCCCCAACAGCUUCCCCCCCCUUGUGGACCCACUUUAACUUCACAGACUGACCACUCUGUUGACCAGCUCCUUCAGUCUGAAGUCAGUCCUCCAGCCUGGGAUUCGUCUGCUAUUCGCCCAGAAAAAAAAAACACCAGCGUGAUCAGUUAGUCGUUCAUUUUGUUCUUUCGUAUGGGAAAGUCAGUCAAGUUCACUGGCCAAGAUUUGCCUGUCAUGCUUCUUGCGCCCUCUGCCAUGUAGGUUCCACCAAGCGGGCUCUUCAUUAAACACUAUAAGGGGGCCGUUUCUGUUUUUAAAAAGAUGGAUGGCCUUACUAAAUUUAUGAAAGGAUUGUAAUUCAACAAUUACGCAAAUGUUUUGCAUACGGAAGCGUAAGAACCGCCAAUGUGGAGUAAAAAUAUGUUGAGUGGCAAAUACGUUCGAGCGUACAUAGCAUUUUCCCAAAACGCCAUAAGGUGUUGACCUGCGCAUGCAUGAUGGCGAAAAAAGGCGAAUGUAAAUCAUACACUGCAGCCAUAAUAAAAGCAUAAAAGUAAAGAAUAAACAAUGUUUACUUAAUUUUCAAAUGGAUUGGUAUAAUUAGAAAAGAUUUAAGUUUAGUUUUUUUAUAAAAUAAAAUAAAAUAUUUUCACUCCACAAUGGCAGCUCCACCCUUCUGUAUUAUUCCAACCCCACAUUGAGAAUUAUUAUGAAAAUACCCGACUGGGCUUUUUCGACAAGCACAUUUUUUUUUCAGUGUUUUUGCACACCAUGUGAUUUGCCAAGCAGUUUAACUUGAUCUUCUAUUUUAUACAAAGUGAACGUGGGGGUGAUGCAGGGAACCGUUGAACAGGAUGAUUGUUGCAGGACAGCAAAAUCUUUUGGGACCAAAGUAAAUAGAAGCAGUAAAUAUGAUUUAUUGGAUGUUUUCUUAAUCAACUACUGAGGUAUGCCUUUGCCAUCGAGAAUUAAAGAAUAAUCGGGUUUCGAAUUUGGUGGGGGUUUUUUUUGUUUUUGUUUUUUGCAGAAUUGAUUGAGUUGAGUUCCAAAGACGGUUAGCUAAAAUGUCGGUGCUAUUUUGGUCAAAAUGUUCUAUUUUUUUAGGCAACAACGUGCUAAAAGCAAUUUCUCAAUUCAGGAAAAGUCAUGUUGAAAGACACACAUUUUUGUCAUAUGUGUUAACAGGGAAGUGUACAGAAGGUUUUCUUUUUUUCUAAGGUAUGUUUUUGCAUUAUAUUUUCAACGUGUGUUUUUGUUGGUUGUUUUUUUUAUUUUCUCUUUGAGGCUUUGGAUUUUGUCCUUAUACCACGUGAUUUGAUUUACAACAUGACAAUAUGUAAUUGUUGGUUAUUUUGUUUUGGUUUUAAUCUGCGCACAUAGACUGCUGGAACACAGUACGCUGUUUUUGUUUGCAUCCAUGGCAUUUAAAACUCAUGAAUUCAAGCUGCCAUAAAUCAGGUUAAUGACUCUCCUCGUGUUUUUUGUUUGUUUGUUUGUUUGUUUUUCCCGGAUUCAAUCCCGAUUCUCUACUUUUGUGUAAUGCUAUGUCUACAUUCUUUUUUUUUUAAUCAGCAAAGGUCACGUUGCAACUGCAGGGCAGUUCACAGAGCAUCUAAUUUAUUUCCUGAGAGAAAUGGAGGAGAGUACCGGUACUUGAAAAAUCGACAAGGUGUCCAACCACCGACAUAAACACUGUGCGCAGAGUCUACAACUAGCUUGCCAGUCAGACGACGCCUCGCAUCUUUGUAAUCAUCACCUCUGCAAUGUUUUCAGAACUUAACAUUUUAAUUGGGUACUAUAUGCACUCGCAGGCCACAACAUGUUGUCUUCUUGGUAGUGACGUCUCAUAAUGUUGUUGUUCCUAAUCAAGUGUUCAGUGAGUGUAUUUUGUAAGCUAUUUUAGCGAUAAAAGAAGUGUUGAAAAACUAUGGCAUUCCUUUAUUACACCUUAUGGAUUCUUCUUUUGUUCAGUGGUUAUUUUUGGGCUUUGUUCCCGAACUUGUUUCUGUCCCCUUUGUCAUGUACAACACAGAAAUCAAUCGUUGCUUUAAAUCACUUUGCUGAAGGAAAUGCUAUGCCAUUUGGCCGGCUGAUUUGACAGCCAAAAUUACACGUAUCAAAAUCAGGGGUAAAAAAAAAUCUAAAUGCCUUUUUGAAGUACUUAUAAUGCUCUAUCAACAAUGUACAAUCAUUUUUAUUGAGUCUAUCAUUAACCACUCGUCUUCUAUCGUGUGUGUAAUCAUUGUUAUUGUCACGGUGAUUUGAAUGCACUUGAUGAAUUUGUACAUGUAAAAAAAUAAUAAUAAUAAUACUACGUUCCAUUUAUGCAGACACAUCCCGUUUUGAUUGGUGGGGUGGGAGUUUUCCGAGUGCCUAAAACCAGGUCAACCUUGAGUAUCUGUGGCCUUUUGUAAGUAUUUCCUACUGCAGGAAUUCCAUAAAAGGGGAAUAAUUGCAGUGGCUUACAUGUGUGGGGGGGAGACAGGAUAUUCCCAAGAGGCAUGUGUUAUACUUAUCAGUGUUUUUACAUUUGCAGUAUAAAAAAAAGCAGUAUUGAAGCAAAUAUGAAAGACAUACUGUAUAUGAUUUCUUUACCGGUUUGAUCUUUUGAACUGUAUCAAUAAAGGUUGACGUCCAAGCUUCUAUCAGA